AUUAAAUAAAUCAUAAAUUUACUUGUUUCGCCAUAAUGUAUUUGAUGGUUCUCGUAAAUUCUUACGGUAUUCCCAGGUAGUUUUUGCGAGAGAAAAAUAAUACAAAAAUUAAAACCAGUAUUCAUUGCCACUUUUCUUGUAUAUAGACAGAAAAUCCUUCAUAAGUGGUAGUACCGAUUUUAAGAGUUGUGAAAUUUGUGCUUUAAAAUGUUUGCUCUGGUUUUGGUGACAUUUUGUUUAAAUAUAGGUUUCUUAAGCGCACACUUUCAAAACUGGCUUUCCGAUGAAGAAAAAACAAAUAAUGUUGAGUUCAGUAAAGAUGCAGGCACAAAAAGGACACAUGAUGGUAUCAGCAAGAUAUAUCUACAAUGUGUUAGAUCUGGAAAAAUUAAAAUGUUAUCAACUCAGGAGAGGAAGAGAGUUCCAAAAAGUCAAGGCAGUAAAAGAACAGAUCGGUAUUGUACUAGCCAAAUAAUUGUAAAAAUCAAUAAGGAUGGUAAAUGUGAAAUAAAAUAUUACAACACCCAUUAUGGCCAUGACAAACAAGUUGAGCAUCUGCAUAUCCCUAAAACAGAAAAGGAUGCAAUUGCUUCAAAAUUAAUGCUAGGUGUUUCAAGUGACAGGAUCUUGGAUCAUUAUCGUGAAAACAUAUCCAGCCAAGAAAUACAGAGGAGUGAUAUUAUUACCAAUAAGGAUAUAAAUAAUGUCAAACAAACUUACAACAUUGACCUCAGAAAUGGUUGUCGGCAUUCAGUAGAUGCAGUUAGCAUAGAUCUUUGGAUAAAGGAACUUGAAACACAAGAAAAUAAUCCUGUAUUAUUCUAUAAAAAACAAGAAAAUAUUGGCGGAUUUUGCAAAACACCCUCCGGAGAAUCAGGAAAGUGCAUUAGUAUUUAUCAGUGUGAUCCCCUAUUGGUUCUCGUAAGAGCUCCGAGUAGGACUCAGGAACAGCUGCAAUUUCUUACGUCAUCUCGUUGCGGAUUUCAAGGUACUACUCCACUGGUAUGUUGUGGAUCAGGUAUUAACAAAAUAUCUACAGGAUCCGGUGAUGUUCCGGAUGAUAUUAACUUUACUCCUAAUUCAUUGAUACCUAACAGACAAAAUUGUGGUAUUCAGUUUACCGACAAAAUUUUCAAUGGAGAAUCAACUCAACUUGAUGAAUUUCCUUGGAUGGGAGUCAUAGAGUAUCAAACAAGAAGUGGAGGGAGAAAAAUUGCUUGCGGAGGAUCUCUAAUUAAUCCAAGAUAUAUUCUUACAGCAGCACAUUGUGUGAUAUUGGAUGUUUUAGUUAAAGUGGGACAGCCAAUUAAUAUCCGACUUGGGGAAUAUGACACAGCAAGCUCUGGAAGAGACUGUGUCGACAAUAAUGGAAUCGAAGUGUGCAAUCAGCCAGAAAUUAAUGUUGGUAUCGAAGAAAUUAUUCCGCAUCCCAGCUAUUCUGGACAAAAUAGUCGUACGCAUGAUAUUGCUUUGGUACGUCUGUCUGAAAAUGUGCAAUAUUCAGCUUAUGUACAACCUAUAUGCUUACCAACUCCCAACGAAUCAUUAAGAGAUGGCGAAAUAACGGUGGUCGCAGGAUGGGGCAAAACCGAAAAGGGGCGAAAUAGCGAAAAGAAACUAAAAUUAAACGUUCCUAUAGUAAAUCUGAACAGUUGUUCUAGGACAUACAGCAGCUACAAUAUUCAAUUAAGAAGUAGCCAGAUUUGUGCUGGUGGUGAAGAUGGAAAAGACUCUUGUACAGGUGAUAGUGGAGGUCCCCUUAUGAGACGAGUCUAUACGCCAGAAAGCAGAUGGGUUAUAGAAGGUGUAGUUUCGUUUGGUUGGAAUUAUUGCGGUACUAGUGGAUUUCCCGGUGUUUACACUAAAGUAUCGACGUACCUUCCUUGGAUACAUAAAAAUAUUAGAGCUUAGUUAAUUCAAUUAUUAUAUAGAACUCGGGCGAUUAUGUAAUAAAUAAAUAAAUUUGAAAAUAAAGAAGAAAACGUG